AUGGCGGAGCCGCUGAGGGUGCUCUUCAUCCCCUUCUUCGUUCCCAGCCACAUCAAUCCCAUGACGGACCUCGCUUGCGCCUUCGCUUCCCGAGGGGUGGACGUGACGGUGGCCGUGACCCCCGCCAACGGGGCACUCAUCCGGCGGACCGUCGAGCAGGCAGCGAGCGCCGGACACCGUAUCCGCAUCUUGCACUACCCCUUCCCCGCCGCAGAGGUGGGGCUCGCAGAGGGCAUCGAAAACCUCGCCACAGUACACCCGAGCGAAGAGGGGAAGAUCUACAAGGCCGUGGACCUCGUCCAGGGAACACACGAGCGCCUGCUGCGGGAACAGCUUCCCGAUGCCGUCGUUGCCGAUAUCCCGUUCCAUAAUCUGACUUACGCCGCCAAGAAACUGGGGAUCCCACGGCUGACUUUUUAUCCGGUGGGCGCGUUUUCGGUGGUGGUGAUGGGCAGGCUCGAGGAGCACAAGCCCCACGCCGGCCUCGCCAAGGGGGACAACACCCCGUUUCUCGUGCCCGACAUCCCCGACAAUCUGGAGAUCGUUCAGUCAGAGCUGCCUAACUUCCUCAGGAUCCACGACCAUCACGCCGAGAACUCGGAUCAGAUAAGAAAGUCGUCGCGAGAGUGCUUCGGCGUGAUAUUAAACAGCUUCUACGACCUGGAGCCGGCCUACUGCGACGAGCUCGUGGGGAGAGACGCCCGACGAGGGUUCUUCCUCGGCCCUUAUCCACUGUGGUCCGAGAAGGACGACGUAGAGAAGGCAAAGGUGGAAGACGAUGGAAAGUGCUUGGCGUGGCUUGACACGCAAGAGUCGCGAUCGGUGGUGUUUGUAGGCUUCGGGAGCUUCAAGUGCUUCAGCAAGGAGCAGCACUGGGAAAUGGCGCGGGGGCUGGAGGCCUCGGGACGCCCGUUCCUGUGGGCGCUCAAAGAGAAGAACUUGCCCGGCGACACCGCCGCCUGGCUGCCUGAGGGGUUCGAGGAUAGGAUCCGGGGAAAGGGCCUUGUCGUCAGGGGGUGGGUACCUCAGGUGGGGAUCCUGAACCACCCGGCGACGGGGGCCUUCGUUACCCACCUGGGAUGGAGCUCCCUGAUGGAGGGCUUGAUCGCCGGUGUGCCCAUGAUCACCUGGCCCCUGGCCUACGAUCAGUUCCUCAGCGAGAGGCUGGUGCUCAACGUUCUCCGCGUAGGCGUGAGGAUGUGGGACGGGUACAGGAGCAGCCUGCCGGAGGAGGCGGCCGACGCAGUGGUCAACGCAGAAGCCAUUUCCCGAGUGGUGUCGCGGUUCCUCCCGCCGGGCUCCGCCGACGAGGAGUUGGAGGCAGUGAGGAAGCGGGCCGCCGAGUACCGCCCCAGGACCCGGACGGCGGUGAAGGAGGGCGGUGCGGCCUACAACGAUCUCACCCGACUCAUCGACAGCCUCAAGGCCUUCAGUCCAGAAGCCGAGUGGGGCGAUUCCGCUGCCAUCUCCACCCCCUAUCUGGGUUUCUUGACUGCUUCUCCUGCGUAG